UGUCGACUUUGUCGAACAGCAACAGCGCUUUUGCGAACAUCAACAGGGUCGUGCGCACGUCGCAGGAUCGUUGGGUUCGUAGAAAGUAGUGCGACCUCUCACGCUCUCACACACGCCCUUGAGCCCGCCCCAAGACACGUGUAUUCCAUGCGAAAGGGUCGGCGGAACGUACCAUCAUCCACCAUCGGCUUCGCGAAUGUGUACCAGCAACGGCGCUCGCGGCGCACGAAAUUGUCGCGGAUUUGCGGGGCAUCAUCGCCAUCAUCCAUGAGAACCAUUAUCGUCAACAGCUCCAGGAGCUGUUUCGUGCGCUUCUUCGUCUUUCCUCGCAGCCAUGAGCGUCGGCUGGCAGGAGCACGAGCCAUGUUUUUGGUUGUGCGGCGGUGCGGCGCACGGCGCACGCAGCCACUACUACUUGCUCCGACUGGUGGGCUAUUCGCUGCUUGUCGUGGGUUCUUCGCGCGUCUUUUCUGAAAUUCAACUUUGAUUUUGGCAGUUUUUCGAUAAGACACCACCGUCGUAGUUUUACAAGUUCGGGCGGCUCUUUGGGACUAAAACUGAAUUUCGAUAUCGAUUUUCGAUUUCUAUUCUGUCGA